CAAACGCCAAAUGUCCAUUACCCUUUUAUAUUACAUUGUGUUGUCAAAUGAAAAGCUGCGCUCGAAGUCAAGGUUUGUUUAAUUUUUGUGGCUUGAUUUAUGAAAUCAAAUUUAUGUUCUUUUCUUAAAUUCCCUACGCAUCACUAAUUACGACAUAGGCUACUCGCAUUGUCAUUGUGAUCAUUAUUGACUGUAUAUACAUCUGGCAAAACAUUCUGAUUUGUUACGUCCAAAUCAUGACUUCGGAUUAGGCAGGUGCCGUACUGCUAGUCACUUACUUAGGCAAAAUUUACGCCUUAUAUAGUACAAUUAUCUAACCUGGGAGCUCGAUAAUCAGUCGAUUAUCGACAGUGAAGCUUACUCACGUUCAACCUUAUUUAUUAUUGUUCCCUUUACAGACGUGAAGUACAUAGUACUAUAAUGUUGAGAGUAGUGGCCAUCGUUUGGCAAGUAUAAACGGUCAAAAAUUAGCUUAAUGCUUGAUCAAAGCUUCUCAAAUAAAUGCAAUUUUGUUUCAAUUAAAUAUCAGAUUCUUUACUUUUGUGCUCAUUAUAAUAUUAGCAGUAUGCCUUGCGUUUUAAUUCUUCUUGCAACCGGCCGUUUAUUUAAAUUGCACUUUUUCGUCAGCCCUCUCCCAUAGGCGGCGAAAGGGUGGUCCUAUUAGUUCGGUCCGCCUGCUUUGUUGUUAUGGUGUUCGCUCAACAUUGCUUGCCGCGAUCGUGCGUCAACUUUCUCACGAAAGCUUAAGUGGCCUUAAAAGCCUGCAACUUGCGGCCAGCGUAGGCAAGCUGGUCUAAGCACCUUUUUCCCAACAGCAACCAACUAGCGAGGAUGUGAGCAAGUUGUACCAAACUAUGUUCCUUUUCGUUAUACUCGACAUAGAGGAUAACGCUGUACGAAGAUCAAAAAGGGGGGGGGAAAAAGAAGCAAAGGAGAGCUGCGUUUGUGACAGCCCCUGGGACGUUCCGGCGAAUCAGGCGGUCCCUACUUCAUCGUCCGUUUUAAACGAGAGCGGAUCCAGCAGAGGAAGGCGCAGCCGUACUUGGAGGAGAAGCGGCUUGGCAUCCUCAUCUUCCCUCUCCGUUCGAUUUACAUCGGCCUGGUAGUCCGUAGCAAAAGUGAAGUAAAGAGAAGGUGUUGGUAAAAGCCAAGUACUGUUACAUAAAAGGGGAAAAGUAACAACAUCCGCACACUGUUGAAGCCUGAAAAUGCGAAAAUUACGGAUUCAGUGGACAGCUUAACAGACGAGAUGGAGUACGUGCGUGCGUGCGCUUGAAAAGGAACAGGAGAUAAACAUAUACGAAAGCGUGUCGCACAAAAUAGAACGCAGUCAAAGUUCAUCCGGCAGCUCAGUUUGCGUACGUGUGAACAUGAGUGCUUCAGCAAAUGAUCCGGCACGUCAGCACUUAAACGUUUGGGCCGUAUUCUCUACUAACCUUAUCAAAAGAGAUCGGAGGAUCACGACAAUCGUUGUUUGGAAAUGCAGUGCACCACCGUUGGAUCCCACCGGUGUACUCUGGAUCUACCGAAAACCAAUCGAAUUCGUACAUCUCAUACAAAGGUUGUGCUACUGAUAUUCACAGUUGUUGUGACGACACUUUUAUACGUCAAAGACGGCAGUUCCGUGACCGGUCGUUCGGUUCGCUCACUACGAAAACAUCCAAUGGCUAACUGGAACACCUCCACACCAGUCGGUUGGGACGAUUCGUCGAUCACUUGUCGGGUGCCUCGGUUCCAUCCCCUGGACAAAGGAAUCCUAGAUUAUUACCGACCGCCCCCCUCAAGAAUUGUGUGCAAGGAAAGGGAAAUAAAAUUGUCCGAGAUGCAUUUAGAUUCCGGCGAGUUAGAGAUUCUUCCAACUGCAUCAUUGUACAGCUGCUUCAUCGAGGACGUAGUAUGACAUCAGGAUAAUGAGGUUACCUUUGAU